AUGAGCCCUGAUGAAGUCGAGAGAACAAAAAAAGUGAUUAGGAAUAUGGCACAAAAACUUGAAGAUAAUGAAAAAGCUGAUAAAAAUACUAACAAAAAUGAAGAACAAAAUGAAGAAACCAAGGAAAAUGUCGAUCCAGAUAUUAUAGUAGAUAUUUCUGGUAAAAAUAAUUUAGAGAAGAACAAGGAAGAAAAACAGCAACAGGUAAAUUUGCAGCAAGAAGAGGCGAGAAAAAAUAAAAUAAAGAAAAAAUCACCAUUAAUUCCGUCUAAGAAGGGCAAUGAAAAUGGCGAAGCACGGCCUGAAGAACAAACUCCUAUAAAAGAUAUAGAAUUAGAAGAAGUUGUAAGUCCAUUUUCUCGCCAUUUAAGAUUUACCGAACCCAUAAAGAAAAGCUUGGAAAAUAAGAAGAAAGAAAAAUUGCCCAGUGCUAUUUCAUCACAAGCUUGGAGGAAGCAUAUCGAAAAACAAGAGCAGGAAAAAUUAAAUAAGCAAGAGGCACUACAAAAGAGGAGGGGAGAAAGACUUGAAAAACAAAGCACAAAUAUAGCAAAAAAAAAUACUAGUAAGCCGGUAAAGAAAAAUGCAGCUAAGAAAGUUAAAUUAAUGUGUUCUCUUUGCGAAGAUGAACUAGUUAGUGACACCGAAGAUGAUUCAUUGAAAAAUGUGGGCUGUGACACAUGUCCUAAGUGGUAUCAUCUAGCUUGCGCAGAGCUUUCUUAUUUGCCAGUUGAAGAAGCAGCCACUAAGAAUUUUAUUUGUAUUUUUUGUAAGUGA